AUGGGCGCUCAAGCGGAACGAACAGAGAUGGCGGAUCACCUCUGUGUCAACGGCGUUAGGGACCAGGACAACCAGAAGACUCACGACGGGCAGGAGACAUCCCAGCACCACCACCAACAUGCCCAUCGCGUGCAUGCAACUGGUCUUUCGUUCAACUUCCAAAAAAUAGUUACUGCAGCUCGUAAAUCUUUCGAGCUUACUCCACGCGACGUAGAGAGGGAUCCCAACGCGCCGCCACCGACCAUGAAGCGCUACUUCACUCAGGCGCUCUGGUUGGACCAUCAAGAUGGCAUGCACGUGGCGCACGCGGCACCCCCGGGGAUGGACGAGGCGUUCAUCCCGCCGGAUAGCGACGAGGACGAGCACGAAUACGUUGAGCACGUUGACUUGAAGGCCAUCAGCUUGGCCGGUCUUCGGGAAUUUGUACGGCAACACAACAUCAAACCGACCAUGACUACGCAGCAGGUGGUUCGAUCUAUCGUCAUUCCAGCGACACUGGGCCGUCAGAACUGCGCUCUGGCGGACACAGACCAGCUGCGGCGUUACGCUUUGCCCCCCCUGGACUCACCAGGUGCUGCCGCCGCACGCAAGGCCGCCGGGCCGCCGCCGCCGUACACGCGCAUGCCUAAGCGCCGCAUGCCGGCAGGCAUGAAACGGCGGGCGCCGUACCAUUAUGUCGUACAUGCUUGGUCACGGCCGUUCAUGGAGAUGGUCGGCCUUUUGGAGACACAUUUUGCCGGGCGCCCGGCGGAGCAUACGUACAUCUGGCUGGACGUGUUUGCCGUACCGCAAGUAUCGUCCAACCACAGCGGCUUCGUACAGGAGAUCCAACGCGCCAUCUGGUACGCGAGCACUACCGUCGCCUGUUUCGACCCCGCUGGUACCAUUUUGAGUCGGUUAUGGUGCCUGUACGAGAUGUUCUACACGCUCAUCUCCAAGCAAUGCGCGCAAGCGCUCGUCGCGCUCACUUCUGUGCCUUUCACAGCGGCGCAGCGUACGGCGAUGUACCGUAAGAUUGACGCUGCCAAGGCACGAUGCGCGGUUAAGGAGGACAUGAAGAAGCUGAUCGAGCAUGUUCAGGGCUAUACCCGACGCGGCUUCCCCGCCAUCAACAACUACAUCCGCAGCGGGCUCAUGCUGCCGCCGUACGACCAUGCUGGCGUGUACUUACCGGCGGGCUAUGAAGAGAAGUCGGGAUUCCUGUCCUGCUUGCCAUGCGUUGCGCCGCCGGCACCGCCGCCGCCGCCACCGGUUCCGGAGCACGUCGCCAUGGUUCCGGAGGUCGCGGAGCCAUCUGUACGGCUGCCACCGGCGGAGGGCGGCGCCGCCGCGACGGGACCUCGGCAUCAUCUCGCCCAGCUGCAGCCUUACUUGUAUCACGAACGGCCCCUGCGGCUGACCAAGACCGGGGGCGAGGACGCGUUUUUCAUAUCGUCUGCGGGUCGCGGGGCUCUGGGGGUGGCGGACGGAGUGGGCAGCUGGAGCUCCGAUGACGGUGUGGACCCGGCGGCAUACUCGCGCGAUCUGAUGAGAGCUGCUGCGGCCAGCUUGGAGGCAUCCGCCGGGAAAAUACCCGCCCGUAUGGCGCUGGCGGAUGCGCACUUGGCGGUCAAACACGCGGGCAGCUGCACCGGCCUCAUCGGGGUGCUGCCGCCAGACAGCAAUAACUUGCAGGCGUCCGUACAGGUUCUCAACUUGGGCGACAGCGGGCUUCGAUUGGUGCGGGGAGGGAGAUUGGCUAUGGCCACUCGACCGCAGUCACAUUCGCACAACAUGCCGUACCAACUGGCGUGUCCUGAUGAGCCUGUGUGUGAUACGGACUCCACCGUACAGGGAGAUCUGUACAGCAUUCCGUUGGAGGCAGGUGACAUUAUCAUCAUGGCGACAGACGGAUUGUACGACAACCUUUGGCCCGAGGCCAUGCUGGACAUUGUCAACCGGGCGAUGUCGACUGUGGAGGAAGACGCCCGGUUGUAUGUGGCGGCGGAGGGCGGCAAGAACGCCAUCGCAGCAACCAUGACGGCCAAGAGUACGGCAUCGUCGCUGACGACGUCGCCGUCAGGGGCCGACAGCUGCAGUACAGCCACCGACGGCGACGUCAACAACUCAGGGGGAGCUCCUUCUGGUGAGGUGUCCCCCGAGCCAAAGUUGGUCACCGCGGGGGGUAGCGGCAGCGGCAGCGGCGGCGCCACUACGACAGGCAGUGGCGGCGGCGCCGCACCGGCAACAUCGGUGGCGGCGGCCGCGGCGGCUGCGAAGGCAGCGGCCGCGGCGAUGUCCAACGGUCGACCUGAAGGAGAGGACGGCAUCGGAAAGCAUGCUCCAGUGGCGGGCGAUAACGGGGAG